AUGGCUGCAUCACGCCCUGAUCGGGAGCGGGAACGCGACCUCCUCCGCCAAAUCGAUGCGUGUAUCGAUCGCAUGAUGCUCACGACGCCCGACGAGCCAUACGUCUUGAGCAUCCCCCAGGACGAGCCCAAAUACCACCACUACUCCCACCACUCGUCGCAGAUGUGGCGUACCGGAACCCCUUUCCACUCUGACGACGACCCGAAUCAACAGUACCAGACCUUCUACUACCACGAGCCGCUCUCGGACGUCUUUCAGUUGCAUCGCAAUUCACACUACCAGAAAGACAAUGCCUCAGUCACGUCGCAGACAAAAGAAAAGGAGAGCAGCGCGCAAAGCACUCCCAGCAUGCUUCCCAAGAAGAAGAUCAGUCUCGCCGCUUACGCCAAUAAGAAGACGCAACCCGACAACAAAGAUGACAUCAAAGACAACAAGCUCCCCAGCAGCAAGACUGUGUCCGCCUCGACAUCCUCGCAAUCGCUAAAGUCGCGCGACUCGGCCAAUCUACCUCGCAUGCUGUCACCACUUCAGUUCACUGUGCGCGAUCCAUCCCCUCCAAAACAAGCACCACCACCGCAACAACCACCGCAAUCCCUCCUGCCGCCUCGAUUAUCCCCUACUCUACCGCCGACCAUCAUCGCCUCACUCGAUGCGAAGCCUUACCAACCAGCGCGACGUAAACAUGCAUCGAAGCGUCUUCCCUCACCGCGACCACCAGCCCCUGAGACGGCGCGCAAACAACCUCCUAACAUUCCAAAGCCCGAGACACGCGACACUCCGCAAGAGGCAGAAUCUCGUUCUCCCCGCGACUCGCUUAUUGUCAAGCUGAAGAUCCCUAAGGGCAUACGCAAGAAUCUCUGUCGUGUUCUGCAGAUGAAGCAACAACCACACGCAUCUUUGCAGACGAAGCCGCAGUCUACGAUUCGUGUAUUACGCCCUGAUGAAUCUCCGGCCGAGCCUCAAGUCCCGGUUCAAGCGAGUAAACGGCCGCGUCCUGCGGAAGAAGAUACUACUCUCCCAGACUCGAAGCGCAAGAAGGCCGUCAAGUCCGAGUCUGGUACAAAGCAAGAGUCCAAUACUCCUAUGUCAGUGACACCUGCAAUAUCAAAGGACACACCUGGCGCGCGCAAUUCGACCAAAGAUUUGCGCACAUCAGCCGCCAUGAAGCGUGUUGAGUCGACAGAUAGCAUGGUCAAUGGCACACCGCAGUCUUCACGUCAAGUCAACGGCGUCACCAGGCCGUCGCCUUCAUCAAGUUCGCGAAGCACGGUCGAGUCGAACGCUUGGAAUACCGAGGCAGCACGCAUUGGGACUUUAGGUCGCGACUUGAAGCACGCUGUUACAGCACUGGACACUCAAAAACCUAAUGGUAGCAACAAUGAACCGCGAUCCCGCGAUAUGGCAGCACUCAUGUCUCUUGAAUCGUUGCUGUUGUUCAUGCUCUCCUUCUACUGCAGAGAUCGCAUGUUUGCUUCUCGGGAUCCGCCUCUACCAUUGGAAGGCAAGACCACCUGGUUGACAAUCCCGGGCUUCGUCAAGUUUGUCCGCGAUCGCUGUCAGCACAUCUCGAUCCUAGAUGGGGUGGUUUGUCAUCUCAGUGUCGUGUGCAACGCUAUGAUCAUACUGCGAUUGUCCGAACGGGCAAUGACGCCUGACGAAACGCACCAGUUCCACACUGCCGCUUCAGGAGGGCUCAAGGCUUCGAAAGAAGGGAAUGCAAGGUUGCCUCUUACUGCGAUGAUGACCACUUUCCCAAAAACGUGGAAGAAAGCCAUGAACAACCACGGGUCUGCAGCGGGAGCUGAAGAAGAUGUCAAACUUGGUCGUUAUGCCGGCGAUUUCACCUUGCCACUUGGCUUAGACACCGAGCCUCUCAUUGCAGUGAGAGUUGGAUAUGCACUGCUAAGAGAAUGGUGUACCAGCAAAGGGCUGAAGUACGAAUUCAAAUUUGGACUCUGAGCACCAGUUGGGCUCGAUCAAAUAGUACUUGGCAGACCACGAAGGAGACGAAGCAGGGAAGCAUAACAUGGAGUUUGGCGGAUAAGGCGUUUCUCAUGGAUUCAACAGAUCAACAUCGAGCGGAUUGAUCAAGAACAUUUCGGGAUUGGCAUGGUGAGAACAUGAUCAAGCAUCGGACCACUUCUUUCUUUUGUCAUUUGGGUUGCUUGAUUGUUAACGUACUGCUGAUACCCCUUCCACGACAAGUAGGCAAGACCCCGCUAUGCAUUUUGAUAUAGUUUUUAGAAGACAAUGAAAUUUUUGACAUCUUCAA